AUGGAGAAGAGAAAGCCGAAGCAAGCCGACCCUAUCGGCGAGAAUGUACAGCUCGACGCGGCUGUGAUGGCAAAGCUCCCGAAAGGCUGCAAGGUCCUGUCGGGUGCAUCCGGGCCAGUCGGGGAAAACAUGAUGAAGGGCACAUUCGAAGCCGAAAAUGCCCUCCACAGCUUCAUCCCUACCCGCGCGCCGAAGCCCGUCGGGUGGGGAAGGUAUGCCGGCGAUCCGGACACGUACUUUUACCUCUGCCAGUUUGUGGAGAUGUACGACGAUCUCCCGAGCCCGCGCGAGUGGGCUGCUGCCGUGUCGACGCUCCAUCUGAAUAGCAUGGGAAAAUCGCCAAACGGGCAGUUCGGGUUCCAUGUGCCUACUCACCUCGCCAACGUACCGGUAGAUAAUACCUGGAAAUCUUCCUGGCAGGCGCUUUGGGCGCAGCAGAUGAAGAGCCUCUUCGCCCAGGACGAAAAGAUCCACGGGCCAGACGGCGAACUGAGAGCCCUUCGAGCCGAUUACUUCGACAAGGCGAUACCAAGAUACCUCGGGCCACUAGAGAGUGAUGGGAGAUCUAUCCAGCCCACCUUGAUUCACUCGGAUCUGUGGCCUGGAAACAUCAAGCCCAUGACGUCGUCGGACGAGCUUUGCAUGUUCGAUGCCUGCGCGUACUGGGGACACAAUGAAGCCGACUUGGGUAUCUGCCGAAAUCCCAGGUACAAACUCGGCCCGCCAUGCAUCCACGAAUAUUUCAAGCGAGUACCCAUUUCCGAGCCCUCGGCAGACUUCGAUGGUAGGAAUGCUGUAUAUGCCAUGAAGUUUCACGUCCUCUUGUCGAUCAUGUAUUUCAAGGACCGACGGUUUAGGCAGACCCUCAUCGAUGAGUUGAAGGCUCUGAUGGAAAAGUUGGGUAACCCCGUGCGGAGAAUGGCCACGCUGUGCGACUAUGAAACGUGA